AUGUCCUUCACUUUCUUACUCAACCAACAAUUCUCCAUGCUCUCAACAAACCCAAGAUCAAUCAAUUCAUCCCCUCCUCCUGCACCACCACCACCUCCUCCGCGGCCGGUGGUUCGUGAUAUUGGUUUGAGUGAGUUCUUGAAUCCAUCCAAGGUUAUGCAUGAUAUGGGAGAUGAGGAGUUGUUGUGGAGGGCAUCAAUGGUUCCUAAAAGAACUAUCUAUCCAUUCAAUAGAGUACCAAAGGUUGCAUUUUUGUUUUUGACAAGAUGGUCUCUUCCAUUGGCCCCUUUAUGGGAAAAACUCUUUGAAGGACAUGAAGGGUUGUACUCCAUAUAUGUCCAUUCAAAUCCUUCCUUCAAUGAAACAUAUGUGCCACAGAAUUCUGUCUUUUAUGGAAGGAGGAUCCCUAGUAAGGAUGUUCGUUGGGGAAGCUUCACAAUGGUGGAGGCGGAGCGCCGGCUAUUGACGAACGCCUUGCUCGACUUCUCGAACCAACGCUUCGUCCUUCUUUCAGAGUCAUGCAUUCCACUCUUCAACUUCCCCACAAUCUACAACUACCUAAUCAACUCCACCGAGACCUACGUCGAGUCCUACGAUCUGCCAGGUCCGGUGGGCCGAGGCCGAUACAACCGCCAAAUGUUACCCUUCAUACGCCUCUCCGACUGGCGAAAAGGCUCGCAAUGGUUUGAAAUGGACCGGGAACUCGCCGUCGAGGUGAUCUCGGACCAGAUUUACUACUCUCUAUUCAGGAAAUUCUGCAGGGGAUCAUGUUAUGGUGAUGAACAUUACCUGCCAACAUUUCUUCAAAUCGGGCGGUGGAGGAUGAAUUCAGAGAGAAGCUUGACUUGGGUUGACUGGUCAAAGGGUGGACCCCACCCAAAAAGGUUUCAAAGAAGAGAAGUUAAUAGUAAGUUUUUGCAGAGACUAAGGUUUGGUAAUCAAUGUGAGUAUAAUGGGAAUACAACCAAUGUUUGCUUCUUGUUUGCAAGGAAGUUCUUGCCUAAUGCUUUGGAUAGAUUGCUCAGGUUUGCCCCAAAAGUCAUGAACUUUUAA